AUGAUGCUCUUCAAACGGAUCCCCAUCACUCUCCUCGCCUUCGUGACGGUGUCGCUGCACUUUGUAAAUGCACAAGGCGCGGCGGAGCUCUCGCGCCGUCAGACCGCUGUGACGCAGCUGAACAAUGACAAUACCAAAACUACGACGGUGACCGACCAAAAGAGCAGUGGCUUGGGCAGCUCAUUUGCUCAGUCUGCUGUUACCACACCCAUUGACAGCAAGGUCCAGACCAAUGCAUCGCCAGCGGGUACCACGCCACCUGCAACUACGGGUGGCACCAAAUCCCAAGACAACACCUCUGUCGACGCGAACAAGACAGCUGAUAAUAACAAGACGACUGACAACAGCAACACGACGACUGAUCAAGGCCAACAAGGCAACAAGAACGUCGACCAGAACAACACAACAUCUUCCACGCCUCCUACGAUUUCUUCCACGCCGACCACCGAGAAUAUCACUUCGACGGUGCCGACGACUGCUCAGCCUGUCAACAAUGCUAAGGUCACCUACACGGUUUCGCAGAACAUCGGGGCAGACAACACCACAGGCCAGCUUGGCGUCAGCAACGGAGGCACUCUCAGCUCUUUCUUCUCACCCAUUGAUCAGGGUUGCGGUGUCAACUGGAGCAACACCGCUGUCGGUGGUGGAUUCAACGCUGCUCUGCCAGGUGGCGGCCUGGGCGGCGGAUGGAAGAGGGAAAACUCCGGUAACGUCGAAGUGGGCUUUGGCUAUUCGAGCAAGUCCAACCAACUUGGUUUUGGCUUGAAGUGCGAUGGCAAGAAAGAAGUCAUCACUCUCACUUCAAAGCAUGAGAUCAAUUGCAAGACGGUUCACCACGGCAAAGAGGACAAAUGGGUUCUGACGUGCUACACGACGCCCGGCUCGAUGAACAAAGUAUCCAGCUACAAUAAGCCGGGCGGCAAGAGUUCCUACGGUUCUCACUUCAAGCCUCACGGAAACGGCAAGAACAAGUCGCCGAACAAGCAGGGCACCUCUGGUUCGCCUCCUAGCUCUAACCAGUACAACAACCAGACAUCCACGCCUCCUACCGUCCAGCCCACAGACCAAACGUCGUCGACGCCUCCCACCGUUCAGCCCACAGACCAGACAUCGUCGACGCCUCCCACCGUCCAGCCCACAGACCAGACAUCUUCGUUGCCUUCUACGGUUCAACCCACCAAUCAGACUUUGUCGACGCCUCCUGCCGACCAGCCCACCGUCAACCAGACAGUGACGCCUCUGGCCGAUCAGCCCACAACCAAUCAGACGUCGACGCCACUUGGUGACCAGCCCACGCAGCAGACGUCGUCCGUUCCUACCAAUCAGCCUACUACCCAGUCAAACGACGUGCCCACGAAGCAAGUUCCCGACAACUCUGGCAGUCAACAGCCUUCGACUGCACAACCCUCAUCUUACCAGCACUCGUCUUACACGAGCAGCUAUGGCAAGAAGCCUUAG